CCUGAGCUCCAGCAGACGCGUUCACUGGAGGCAGAGGAGACGGACGCUGGCUCGCCCGCACCGACAAGUGGACGGAUAUGCAGUGAUGCCCUUGCGAAUGAAAGGGUCUGCGGCGCUCUCCGAACAGCGAAGGGAGACAUUUCAUCUCGGUGGAGGGGGGCGAAGGAGAAAGCGAGUGCGCGGCGUUUCGUGGGAAUAGAUUCGGCAUCUUUGUAGCGCGCUUUGAUGGCAUCGGCCUGCGGACUGUCGGAGGAAGCCGGGGACUGGAUUUGACAUGUCGCAGGGAUGUACCGUGUUAUCUGUGGUCAGAAGGUGAUGGCAGUGCUGGCGGAGCAUCACCUCUACUUCUACCCAUUCCACCUGAUCGAUGCCCCUUUCCUGCACAGAGGCAGCAUCUGAAAUCUGGACAACCAUCUUCCCUUCCUCUCCCUCUGUCUCUCCUCACUCAUUUCAUACCACUCCCUCCGCCCUCCUCGUCCAGCUGCUUUUUGCCUCUCCCUCAGUCUCUCCUCCCAUCCUUACCAUCUUCCUCUUUAACCUGGAAUUUCUCUGCAAAGUCUCCUUCUUCAUGAUGGCUUGCUUUGGGCGGUCUCUGGACUCCCCCUGCACACUAGCCUUGCUGAUAGGCUUUCAGUUUGCCUUUGUGCUCUAUUUCUCCCUCGGGGGCUUCAGAGGUCUGGUGUCUGUCCUGGUGCACACCACAGAGCCAGAGUUUGAUUAUUCUCGACCUCAUGACGUCUACACCAACCUCAGUCACCUCGGGGUACCGCCUCCUCCGCCUCGGAACUCUGGGCUUCCUGCUUCAGGGCAACCGCUGAGAGACUGCCCCAUCCCCUCCCCCCUGUUGGUUGGACCAGUGUCCGUCCAUCUAUCGUCUCCUCUCUCUUUGGAGGAGAUCCGACAGCGGAACCCUUUAGUGUUGCCUGGUGGACGGUAUCGGCCUCCGGACUGCGAACCGCACCACCACACGGCGAUAGUGGUACCGUUCCGAAACCGACUAAGCCACCUCCGGUCCCUGCUGUACCACCUGCACCCUUUUCUGCAAAGACAGCAGAUACACUACAGCAUCUACAUUGUACAACAGUGGGGGAACAGCACUUUUAACCGAGCCAAGCUGCUGAACGUUGGGGUGCGGGAGGCUCUUAAAGAUGAAGACUGGAGCUGCAUUUUCCUCCACGAUGUCGACCUGCUGCCCGAGAACGACCACAACACCUACACCUGCCACAAACAGUUUCCCACACACCUGUCUGUGGCCAUGGACAAGUUCAGAUACAGGCUGCCGUACCAACAGUAUUUCGGCGGGGUGUCUGCGGUGACCCCAGAUCAGUAUAUGAAGAUGAACGGCUUCCCCAACCAGUACUGGGGCUGGGGGGGAGAGGAUGAUGACAUUGCUGCCAGAGUGCGGUUGUCCGGUAUGAAGAUUGUGCGCCCCCCAGUGGCCAUUGGUCAUUACAAGAUGAUCAAGCAUAAAGGAGAUAGAGGCAAUGAGCAAAAUCCACGCAGAUUCGACCUCCUGAAAAAGACCAGGCUCAACUGGCACUCCGACGGCCUCAGCUCGUUGACUUAUGAGCUGCUUUCCAAAGAGCUGGAGCCGCUCUACACCAACCUGACCGUCAACAUUGGAGAGGACCCCCGGUUCACCCAGGGUAAAGCUCACAGCGCCGUAAAAGCUACGCCUGUCCACCCGCGUAGCUCCAGCAAGGACCGAGGCCCGGCUAAGCAAGUGAAAAGUCUAGAAGAAGCAGUGGCGGGAAAUAGCGUUUGGGUCAAGCCGUCGGGAGAAAAGACAAAGCCCACCCUGUCCAAGACAGCUAAUCAAACCACACAGGAAAAGGCAGGAGUGAUUAAAUAAGAGGUGUUCAUUGAGAAAUAACCUUGCAUUUGUAGCAUAAAGUGGAUUCCCCCUUCAUUUGGAUCUGACAGAAAAAAAUGAUGGAAAGCAGCAUGGAUCUGUUGCAUUAAGGGUAGUUGUGCACUGGGUCACAGAGACAAAAACCUGUUCUCUUUACAGAUUCAGGGCUAUUGAAUCCCCUUUUUCUUGGGUUUGUGAGCCACUGAACGUGACACUGACUCUUAAGGACUGGCAAAGAAAUCUGUCAGAGCAGAACGAGAUAAAAGGCAUCCGAGUAAAGGUCCAGAAAGCUCACCGGAAAUGAGACAGCGACAGAUACAGACCCCUGAAGACUGGAACUGCUAGUUGCCAGCAGCUCAUCUGCAGAGCUGCAGCUUUAAUCAGUCUGCGCCUCCUAUUCCCCCUCGUUCAAAAAAACAAAACAAACAAGAAGCUGCUGCUGUCCGUCCACCUCGCUCCGUUGGUGGGUUUGUGUUUCUGUGCCUUCUCUCUUUUAUGCGCAUUUUAUAUACUGAUAGAGAUGCUUUUAGGGGGCUAAGCUAGGAUAAAGCUGGGAGGAUAAAGCUGGUGCUGGACCAGAAACACCCCCUGUUCCAGGACUGCUUUUUUAUAUAUAUAUAUAUAUUUGCUUGCAUCGAUCAAUCACUGACCAACGACAUAGUUCCUGGAAUAUCCUAGAGUUUAUAUUUAUAUAUCUAUAUAUAGAGAAACAUGUUUAUUUGUGUACUCCUUUAGUUUCAAUGUCCUUCAUUACAGUCUGGUGCCUCUCUCGCUCUCUCUAUAACGUUUAGUUUAGAGACAAUCAAAUUAUAUGGGAGUGUAAACUGUAUCCAAACACAUAACUAAAAUGACGUGGCAUGAUAGUUGUUGUCUAGUUUGACUAUAUUCUUGAUACACAGACCUGUGGUUCUGAUAUUACCUGUGUUAUUUUUUUGUUUUGUUUGAAUCGUUUCAUUUUAGAUUAGUCAGGCGUGAGAAUAAGAAGAACGCCUGCAGAUGGCAACGUAAGGCACGCAAUGAGAAUGUCAGGCUAGUGUUCUAAUAUCUAACGUGGUUAUGGUGAAAAACAAAGCACUGUGCGUAGAUUUAGCUUGCGAACAAACGUUUGCCUCUUUCUGUCUGUCUUUAUUUGCUACAGUGAAUCUUUUAGAGGCUAAGGCGAGAAGGAAAUGUUUCAAGCUUGAUAUGUUUUUGCUUCAUUUGAAAACCCCUGAAGGCUGUCUGAUCAGGACAUGCAUGUAGGUUAUCAUGUACCUGCAACGGCAGAUAUAGCUUCAUUCCAGCCGUUCUGAAUGUACUUUGCAGUGUUCGUCCGAGUUUGUGUUUUGCAAAACGGAGAGUUUAGUUACAGUGCCUUGCAGAAGAAUUCAUACGUCUUCGACUCUUUUCACGUUCUGACGCAUUACAGCCACAAACAUCAGGGUGUAUUUAUGGGAUUUCAUGUCGUAGUGAAACAAUAGCAGUGCAUAGUUGUAGACAGGAAGGAAAUUAGUACAGAAUUGUGUUUUUUUAUGUAUUUUAUUUUUCGUUUUUACAAAAAGAAAAAAAUCUGAAAAGUGUGAUUUGGAUUUUUAUUCAGCCCACCUUGGUCAAACCUUUAUAGAGUGACCUGUUGCUGCUCUUCCCAAGUCAUUUAGGGUAUUUCUUCAGCAGCUUUGUACAUGAAAAACUAAUGUGUUUUCUUAGCAAAACAUGUCAAGCUCUGUCAGAUUGGAUGGAUGGUGUCCAUGAGAAUCAAUUCUAAUUGGAUUUAGGUCUGGACUUUGACUUGGCCAUUCUAACACAUUUCAUAUCCUUUGAAUACGCUGCCUACCAGCUAGAUGGCCUCCAACUGCCUUUCAUGCACACCAUAUUUAUAAUGGCGUGCAUCAUAAAUGGGAACAUUUUUAACAUGAUAAAAAAGAAAAGUUAAAGUUAAUGUGGAGUAAUCAAGGGUCCUCAACACAAUAUUUAGCGGCAGUAUCAAAUGUGCUUAUUUUCCUAAUAUUGUGCACUUUAGUUACAUAAAUGUUGUUUUAUAACCUUAACCAGCUUUAUAAUUCUCCAGAAAUAAAUCCCUGAUCUUGCUGCUGUGUUAUUUGUCUUCCUGAUGCUGUUUAUUCUCUGACCAACUUCAGAGCUCUUCACUUCUUCCCUAAUUAGGUGAGAUCCGAAGACAUUUGGUUGCACUGAAUUUUCUUUGUUGGUGUCAGAGUAAAGGUGGCUGAGUAAAAAUGUGUGGCGCACUUUGCAGAUUUUUGUUUCCAUUUAAAAUGCUUCUGUUUCUCAACUAUGCACUACUUUGUGUGGUCUUAAUCAGAUACAGUGAUGUUUCUGACUGGAAUGUGGAAAAAUGUGAAAUGACAAAAAAAAAAAAAAAGCGAGGGUGCUUUUGCAUGGCUCUUUACCGUAGUGGACUUAAGUCUGAUCACGAGUUAGCAAUAUGAUUUCUCGCUGUUAUCUGAGACUGUACAACUGAAUCUAGUUUCGAACGAAGUAUUGUAUCCACUGGUGUUGGGGUUUGUUAAGACAGUAACAGGCAAAGUAUGAGUUAGUGUGAACUGAAUGUAUUCUAUUUCUUAAAUAAUUUUAUAUGUCACUGAUAAAGCUAAACAUGCUUACAUCUGAGGUGAUCUUUAAAGUGUUCUCUAUUGUAGAUCAGACCGAUGCUCCAUUUACAGCUGUAACACAUCUCUACAUGUCUUUUGUCAUCUGUGUGCCUCAUGAAAUAAUUAAAAAGGCCCCAUAAGGACUAAAGGACCGGAUGUGUGCCGCACCGUUAGAUUUGAGCACCCUCGUGUGGCACCGCUUGGCGAGAUAAACCAAGCGCUGAAUGAAACUGCAGUGUUGUGACAGGAAUGCUAAUCAUAAACGUUCGCCAUUCACAGGCUCUGAGCCAAUCAGAUACUUGCAUCACAGUGUCAGGAGGAUUUUUAUUUAUUUAUUUUUUUUUUUUUAAAUGUACGCAGCAUCACAUGACUCUGUCCCGUCAUCUUAAAGGAGAAGAGAGGCUCAGAUCUUUAUUUGCCAGUGGAAUCAUGAACUACGUGGUGCAAAAGACUUUUAUGAAUGGAUACUGAUCCGUGUUUAUUCUAAAGUAUUCUAAUAAAGUAUAGCUUUGAAAGUACAGACCAAGAGACAAAUCAGAUUCAUAAAAAGAUUUAUGCAGUAUUAAUGUUUAUUUGCUUACAGAUUAUCCUUCAUUUAUUAUUAUAUAACCUGGUAAAAAUAUUAUGAUAUGUAAGACUGAUGCCGUUUUAAAGAAAUAUAAUCUCAGCAGAUUAAUCAGCAAGCCAUGUGCUUCAUGUGAGAUAUGCCAUAUAUUGGAUAUUUUAGUUUUUAUAAAGACUAUUUUGCAAAGGCAUUGGAGUUUAUAUUACAGUUCAGUAUUUAAAUGAAGGAUACAAAAAGGACAGCUGGCUUAAUAGAUGGUAUCUUCUUGCACUCUCUGAGAAAGGAAAACCCCUCUUACAUAAAACACUGGAGAGGAUGUUAAGUCCUUUCAUCUUUUUUUUUUAGGUUGCCUUAUUUACUGACCAUAUCUUGAAGAGGACAGAUGUGAUUUAUUUAUGUUUUUUUUUUUUUGUUUUUUUUUUUUGUACCUGUGUGUGUGUGUCUGUUUUUACGGAGCUAAAGCAAAAAAGUAACAGAAUCAAGGAAAAUAUAUGGGCUUCAUUGUGAAAGAAAGCAAAUACAUAAACCAAUAAAAAAAAAACACGAUC